AUGGUUGAAGCAACCCAUCGGCGUGAAGACUUGCAGCACAGCAAAGCGCUAACUUGCUAUUGUAGCUUGCCUGCCUGCAGUUCGGUCUUCAGUCUGCGCAUAUCUGCCCGGUAUCCGCCAGCUGCUGAGCUGCAGCACAUUCAUUGGAUAGCGAUCUUCCAAAGGUCGGAAGCUUCCCCGGCGCAAGAAAGCCGGGCGCUGCUCACCACGGCCAACCAUUGGAGCUUCGCUGCACAUUCAGUCCUGUAUCAGCCUCAGAUGUUGUGGGCCAAGCUGACAUGUGUUCAGAUGUUUUUUUUCCGAGAGUACCCUCUCUCGAAGCCCGCAAGCGCCAUUGCCAAGUGCACCAGCAACAAGCAAGUCCGUGAAACGGACAGCUGA